AUGUUGACCUCAGGCUUCUCUGCAGAUAUCACUAAGGCCAAGGAGACUUGGAAAGGUAGUGAAAGUGGAAACAUCCUCACAGAUCAUGCAGCUUCCUACAUCGCAGGAAUUGCCAUGGAAGGUGCGGCGGAUACCACAAGUAACACCAUGGCCGGGCUCAUAAAGGCCAUGAUACUAUUUCCACAAAUUCUGCAGAAAGCACAAGCAGAAUUGGAUGGAGUGGUUGGUCCAGACAGAUUCCCUACAAUGGAAGAUUUUGAAAGCCUCCCAUAUAUACGCCAAACCACCAAGGAGGCACUGAGAUGGCUCCCAACCGCAAUCAGUGGCGCCAUACCGCAUGCAGCACUUGAGGAUGAUGUUGUCGAUGGCUAUCGAAUUCCAGCUGGGGCAACAGUCGUGCUCGCGGUCUGGGCAGUAAACAAUGAUCCUCAACUUUUUCCCAAUCCCCGUGUAUUUGACCCUAGCCGACACAAUGCCGACCUGUCCUUCUCCGAGGCAGCUCUUGCCGCGGAUUAUCGCGAUCGCGACAAUUGGACCUUUGGUGCCGGUCGACGGAUAUGUCCAGGUAUUCAUGUCGCAGAAAGAACAUUAUUUUUGGCCGCAGCUCGGUUGUUGUGGACCUUCAACAUCCGCAAAGCCCGAGAUGCCAGUGGCAAGGAGAUAGAGGUGGACAGAGACGAGGUCACCCAAUCUAUUGCUGCUCGUCCACUCCCCUUUCCGUAG